AUGAUACCAACUACUAAUUCUGAGCAUCUUUGGAAGGGUACCCAAACGGAACCCAAAGAAGGAAAAAAGUUAACCUUGUCCCAACGUGUCACUUUGAGGAAGAUUAACCACAAGCUGGGAGAAGCAUCUCCAAAGGAUGCUUGCAGCUCUAGGUCCAAUGACCACCCGAUGCAAAAUGCAAUCCCGUCAAAGCUGGGACGGGGUGAGAUUGCCACAACCAUGGCUAGCAAGAAGGGGAAGGCGAAGGUCAGUGUAGUUAUAUCCGACCCUGCUGAUUGGAAUGCAUACCUCAUAAAAGAGUUCGCGGGUACCCUUUUCUCCUCAGCUCCUUAUGUACUCGGCCAUUGCAGGGAAAACCAGGGUUUAGAUGACUCUGAAACCUCUCUCUCUAAGGGUGAAGGACAUGUAUAUGAGCUACGAAGUCGGGCUUGUGGUAUUAAGAUAGAUUAUCGUAACCCUACCCUCUUCGGGAAAGUGCAACAAGUUGUGCAGGCUUUUGAAGUUGGGAUGGAUUUCAACAAUGAUGAUGGAGGACCUCAAAGCAGCGCUAGUCCGCAGCUGUUGGCCAGGGCGCAAACUAUGGAGAUGCUAGUGGGGUCAUGCUCACCCUCGUCACACGUUUCCUCUCUUUCUUAA